AUGGGUCGAAUAAGCUAUCCUACGGGUUUGGAUAGCCCGUCGAGACAGCUUCUACUGGAUCUCACGAGAGAUCUUGAACAAUUGCAGAUCCACAGUACCGAGUUAAAACAGGUCAAAGCGUGGGAACGAAAAUCCUUUUACGAACGACUCGACCGCAUUGAUAGCGAGCGCGAGGCCGUACAUUAUACAGCGCUCGACAAAGUUGCUGCGCGUCAUGAUCAGGUGCGGGAGGAGGCGCAGGAGACCCUCAGAGCUCACCAGCGAGCCGUCGAGGAAGAAAAGCGUCGGAAAGAGGAAGAGGCUCGUCGAGAAGCUGAGCGACUAGAACGGGAACGAGCAGAGAAACUACGGCGUGAGCAAGAGGAGGCCGCGCGACGAGAGGCAGAGCGCAAAGCGGCCGAAGAGGCAAAGAGGAAAGCUGAAGAGGAGGCCGAGAAGAAGCGCAAGGCCGAGCAAGAAGAGAAGGAGCGCAAGGAAAAAGAACGACUGGAGGAGGAAAAUAGGAAACGACAAGCGGAGGCGCAAAAGGCUGAACAAGAAGCCGCACAACGGACGGCAGAAGCUGCGCAAAAGGCUCAGGCAGAGCAACAGAAGCAGAUUGGUGGCGCUCGUCAGACUGAGGAGGAGACCAAGGUACAAUUACGCUACGUGGAGCUUCAUCAACAUCUGAAGAAAUUCCGACAAUACCUCAAGGACGAGGGGAAAACAAACCCGGUCGUAAAGCAGAACAUGGGAGACAUCCGUCGGUCAAUCAAAAAAUGCGUCGGUCAACUACGCGAAGGCAAGGGUGCCAACAAGACCCAGCUUCAGGAGAUUCGUUCGGCACUAGAAAAAGCUGCGUCGAUCGCGGAGCCGUCUGUUGAUGUGCGGCAGUUUUUCGCAUUCCCCCCAGAGGACAUCGCCAACUCGGAAGACAACAAGGUGCCAGCGCUCUUGAUUUACGCCUUGAACAUAUUCUCCAAAUGUCUGAUUUCGUCUCUCGUCACGGAGGCAUCCAUCAACCAGGGCCAAGCGGAGCCGAUUGGCAUUGUAGCUGCACAAAUCUUCUCUAUGGACGCUUUCAUUUACAAGGGCCACCACAUGGUUGACAUCCUAUGGGCCAAGUACCGCGUUGUCUGUCCUGCACUUUGGGGCUUUUACGGCAAUGAGAAAACCGAGGCCGGCAGAAAGGCCAUCGGCUGGUGGCGUGAGGGUCCGGACGGACCUUUCAUCAGCGAACAGGGCCACGCGGACCGCAUGACGGCGCUUGGGGCCGGAUAUGCCGCGUUGACAUUGCGCAAUUUCGGCAAGACGCCGCGCAGGAACCCGUUUCCCAACACCAUGUUCUGGUAUACGAUGCAUAAAAUCCUCAUGAUUCCGCCGAAUGAAAUCCAAGAAACACACAUUACGCUGCUCUCUGCGAUGCUCAAGACCUCUGUCGAGAGGAUUGUGGGCUUCUUCGGGCAUAUGGGCCUGGCAUUGAUUCGACGGGCGAUCGUCGAUUUACCCAACAGCCUUACCCGCCAGAGCAUGGGUGUCAACCAACUGAAACUCUUGAAAGAUAUCUACAAGAGAGAGAAACACAUCAUCAUUUAA